CAUGCGACACUUAAUCACAUGCAUUUGGCUCGUUAUAGGACUUCAAUACACUGCCUCCAUGUGGAUGAAAAAGUACGAGGAGAACUACCAUCGACCCACUUACUACAACCGUCACCACCCGGCCAGAAAACACGUGAACUACGAUCGAGAGGCGCUCGAGUCCCGGAGCAUACCCGUACCCAAACCCACAGUCAACCGACAGCCCUUCAAUGUCGACACGGACCAAAGCUACUAUGUGAGUGUGCUGAACGAGGGUUCGGUGAUCUGCUCGGGGGCCCUGAUCUCGCGCAGGAUGGUCAUCACGUCGACGCACUGCUUCCUAACGCCGGGCAGCGAUGCCACGUACGAGUUCGCAGCCAAGCGUAUGACCAUUUUGACUGGCGUGGACGCCCCCCCAAAUCCAACACCGCACCAGGUACUGGCCUUCUUUAUGCCCGUGAACCGACGCGAAGGGAUCGUCAACUAUGUGGCCCUGCUGGCCCUGGCCCAAAAACUCGAUCGGAAUACUUACCGCUACAUACCGCUUAACAGGAAGAUUCCCAGGGAGGGGGAUCAGGUCAUGAUGGUUUUCGUUGACUCACCGGACUACCACAUCAGCCACUACAUUACGCGAGUUCUCAACUACGAUCGCUGCCGGGUGUACUACGGCCUGAAGGAGUUCUUCCACGUGUCCACCUUCGAGACGGGAUUCUUUUGUGUGCGCAACAAGCGGCACUCGCUGAAGACCACCUGUUUUACCCGACCCGGCGAUCCCUUAAUUGUGGAUAACAAGCUGGCGGGGAUUAACAUAUACGGAGAGCACUGCGACGAGGACAAUGACUCCGUCAACAUGGACAUAUAUCUACCCAUUAGGGGCGUCAUACCAUUCAUCCAGACGGCCACGGAUGCCCUGAGGGCCUUCACGGGCACCGGUCCGUUCAAUGAAUCGAUAAUGGGCAACCUCUCACCGCUGCUCGAGUCGCUGGCCAACAAGAGGCCCAACAUUUACGUGGGCAACAAAGUGCCCCAAAUUCCCUUCGACGAUCCGCGAAAUGGCGGGGAGCUAAUAUUUGAUGUUGAGUAUGAUGAUAAUUAUUAGUGAGUAAGGCCCAACGAAAAGAUGGAUCAAAAUUCAAGCUUCGUAAGGAAUAAACCCUAAUAAAAAUACUGAAAUGA